AUGCCUUCCACGACGACGACGGCAACCCGGCCGACGCCCGCGCGGACGCUCACAUCGCACGCGAGUGUGGAUGCGUUGCGCUCAAUGGGCUCGCACAGCACGCCUUCGUCGCCUUCACCGUGGAAGUCACUCUUUCGCCUACCGAACGGCUCUCGGAAACUUGCAUCUGGCAAUGCACCGCCAGGAGAAGAGAGCUUAAGCGUGGACACGUCGCUCAGUCUAAGCGCCACACCGCCGCAGACGCAGAGUCCAGCGCUGCUGACACCGACGUCGCUUGCGAGCCUCGGUCCGGACCGGCCCUCGUACAACUCGAGCCUCACCACCGUCAGCUCAGACGACAACGGUUCACAGACCCCACCCGAUGCCUCUGUCGAUCUAGCCGGUCGCAGACAUAAAUCGACAGUCGCAGCGCCGCCGCCGCUUAGUCCGUCCACGAGCGCCUACUUUCCCGGCGCCCAACAGCCCACGCGCCAGAAAACCCAGCCGGCACCACAGCAGCCACAACGGCCUGGGCUGGGUCCUCGCAGCAUCUCGGGCUCUGCAUCUCGCUUCCUCCGUCGGGUUGCAUCUGCACCAAACGCCAAGGGCCUCUUCCACCUUUCAUCCCGGACUCCUUCCACUCCAACUACCAAGAACGGACAUCUCGCCGCGCCUUUACACGAAGGAGCACAUCAUGUACAGGCGAAGGCGGAUAGCAUCGAAACAAUCUCCAGUGGAAGUAGUCGAGGAGGAGGACGGCCACCACCACGCUUUGUUAGCCAGCCCGGGACGCCAGCACUCGGCGUGCCCAAGGCACCUUUCCGGCGCACAUAUUCCAGCAACUCGAUCAAGGUCAAACAGGUCGAAGUCGGGCCAGGCUCGUUUCAGAAGAUCAAGUUACUAGGUCGCGGCGAUGUCGGCAAAGUAUUCCUCGUUCGGGAGAAAAAGAGCAGCAAGCUCUUCGCCAUGAAAGUGCUGUCGAAACAGGAGAUGAUCGAGCGCAAGAAGAUUAAGCGCGCACUCACCGAGCAAGAGAUCUUGGCGACAGCAAACCAUCCAUUCAUCGUCACGCUUUACCACUCCUUCCAAUCCGAUCAAUACCUGUACUUCUGCAUGGAAUACUGCAUGGGCGGCGAGUUCUUCCGCGCCUUGCAAUCAAGACCCGGGAAAUGUCUACCAGAGGAUGCGGCAAGAUUCUACGCUGCCGAGGUCACCGCCGCACUCGAGUACCUCCAUCUCAUGGGCUUCAUCUACCGUGAUCUCAAACCCGAGAACAUCCUGCUGCAUCAUUCAGGACACAUCAUGCUUUCCGACUUUGACCUUGCAAAGCAAUCCGGCACCAUGGGUGGGAUGAACGCGAGUAUAUCUAAAUCAGAGCUCAAUGGGCUUCCGAUGGUCGACACCCGCUCCUGUACGGGCGACUUCCGCGCAAACAGCUUUGUGGGAACAGAGGAGUACAUCGCGCCCGAGGUGAUACGCAAUACUGGCCACACUUCCGCAGUCGACUGGUGGACGCUCGGGAUCCUGAUCUACGAAAUGAUCUACGCAACAACGCCGUUCAAGGGCCCCGAGCGUAACGACACGUUCAACAACAUCCUCAAGGUGCCAGUACACUUCCGCGACACGCCCAAGGUGACGAGCGCUUGUAAGGACUGCGUGACACGGCUACUGGACAAGAGCGAUACGCUUCGAUUGGGCAGCAAGACGGGCGCGAGCGAGGUCAAGCAACACAAGUGGUUCGCCAAGAUCAACUGGGGAUUGCUCAGGAAUACCGAGCCGCCGAUUGUCCCCGCAUCGUCGAAUGGGCUCGACGCGGUCAAUUUCCGAAGACUUGACGAGACGCGCAGCCAGUCACUGCACCUCGAGGCCGAGGCCAUCCGGGCCGUCGCCGGCGCUGGUGUCGCACAGACCCCGGGCGAGCACGACGGGAUAGAUGCCGACCUCUUUGGCGCGUUCAGCAGUAUGACCAUCGAGCACGACGGGGAGGUAUAG